AUGAACAAAUUAGCUGUCCGCAUACGUCCAAUCACCAAUGAAGAUCUUGCCAACUUGCCAACUAGAUUUCAACGCUCGGUGUUAUCGACCUCACCGCUAACGCCAAACCAGGUGGUGGUGGCAGGUGAAAAAAAGCAAUCGUUUAAUUUCGAUCACGUUUUUGGCCCCGAGGCGUCGCAAAAAGAGAUCUACGACAAGGCCGUGCUGAGGCUGAUUGACAAAUUUUUGGAGGGUUAUAAUGUAACCAUUCUGGCCUACGGUCAGACUUCAUCUGGAAAAACGCACACCAUGGGCACGGCCGACAAUUCCUCUUUGCCCACUGAUAGCAAGGGGAUAAUACCUCGUGCCAUAAGUACUCUAUUUGACGCCAUGAAUUCUCCACAAUACAGAUCAAUCAAUUUUUCGGUAAAAGUUUCCUUCGUCGAAAUUUAUAAUGAAGACUUGAUUGACUUGUUAGGUGAGGGUGAGGGCGAGAGUAGACCUCAGGUGACCAUCAGGGAGGAUUCGAAGGGGAACAUCCUGUGGAGUGGACUGCAAGAAAUGAAGGUUAAUGGCGUGGAUGAAGUUAUCAGUCACCUGUCACGCGGUUCACUGAAUCGUCAAGUCGGAGCCACUGACAUGAACUCCAAAUCUUCAAGGUCUCACGCAAUUUUCUCUGUAACAAUGUCACAACAAAGAUCGGCUCAGGCGCCUGGUGGUAGGAAUGGUUCGAUGUCCCCAACGCAAGAACCAAAAGGUCGACCAUCAUCAAGGUCAAAUUCAAGGUUGAGCGUGGGCCGAAAGGCUGAUGAUGGUGGUGAUUUGGUUUCGGUCACGAGCAAAUUUCACUUUGUAGAUUUGGCCGGUAGCGAAAGGUUAAAAAGAACGGGAACUGUAGGUGAUCGAGCGAAAGAAGGGAUAUCGAUUAAUUCCGGUCUGUUGGCAUUGGGCAAUGUGAUCUCAGCACUGGGCGAUCCCAACAAAGCAAAGCACACAACCCACAUCCCAUAUCGUGAUUCAAAACUCACGCGUUUACUACAAGAUUCUCUCGGCGGCAAUGCACAAACGUUAAUGAUUGCGUGUGUAUCACCCGCAGAAUUUAAUCUUAACGAAACCGUGAACACUUUAAAAUACGCGAAUCGAGCUCGCAACAUAAAAAAUUCGGCCGUGGUAAACCAAGAAGAAGCCGGCUGGAACGAUGUGGACCAUUUGCAAAAUUUGGUAAUCAAAUUGAGAAAUGAGAUCAAGACCAUCAAAGCUGCUGAAUCGAUGGGAUUGUCAAAUGCUGGGCGUAGUGUUGGCGGGUCCGGGCGAACAACUCCGAUGAGUCUAAGUGGACGUGAUACUCCGAGCUAUCUGCGAAGGCCAUCGACGCCGGUUUCGGCGUACUCUAAUGCGACUAAUCAACCAUCAGGUUCCCAGAAUAAUCAUAAGGAUGUGGAUGCACUCGAGGAGCAAUUGGCUCAGUUGCAGAGUUCCUACAUUGCACUUUCGCAAAAGUAUGCCAAGACCUCGGCAGAAUUAGCGAUGCAUCAAGAUAACUUCGAUGAAAUAAAUGACACGCCUCCACUCGCAAAAGCUUCGAAUGGUAUCCCGCCAAUAAAGCCAAUGAAGGCGAUAAAAGAGGAAGAAAAUUUCCCUGAUCAGUCUUCUCCGAGUUUUCAAGAAGCCGUGGAACCCGUGAUCGAAGAAUACGAGAAAUCCAUCUCAGCACUUGAGGGGAAGCUUGCUGCCACCCAAGCAGCACUGAGCCAUUCAGACAUCAUGAUACAAGAACAGGAAUCUAAAUUAGAUAACGUUGAAAAAAUUAACGAGCAGAAUAAAGUAUUGGUUAAUGACCUUCGGAAUGAAAUCUCAAAACUCCACGAACGUGAAUCAACUACAGAGCAGUAUAUUAGUGACCUGGAAACAAGGCUCGAUAAUCAAACAAAAGAACAAGUCAAGGAUCACGAUUUGAUAAUUAGCUUGAAAUCAAGAAUUACUCAAAUGAAAUUAAACGAAUCGAAUAACGAAGGAUACAUCCACGAUCUCGAGACGAAGUUGGCCAAGAAUGAGGAACAAUUGACGGAACUCGCUACGACCAUUGAUAAACUGGAGAAAAAAUUACAACAACGCGAGUUCGAGUAUCAAGAAUUGGAGAAGGUCUUUAAAUUAAAUAAUUCCGAUCAAGAGAAGCAACUAUUACUAAAAGAUAUUGAUGAAAGGGAUAAACGAAUAGGUCAACUCGAACAACAAGUGGAGUUGCUGCUUAAUGAGUUAGAGGAUUUAAAAAGGCUAUCGGAGAUUCAUGACGAGGAAAUCGAUAAUUUCCAUAGUCGGGAUGUCUCAUCAUUCUCCAUCACUUCGGAAAGUUCCGGAUCAUCAAUUCCGAGCUUGACGAAUGGACGAGAGCGCUUGAUAGUCGAAACUUUGGAAGCCAGAUUGUCAGAAUUACAAAAAACUCAUGAUAUAACAGUGAAUGACCUUAACGAUAUGAGGAGUAGAUAUCAGGAAUGUCUGUCAAAAAUUAACGAGCUCUACCUUAGACUUGCCGAAUCCCAAAGCGAAGAACUCAAGAAUUACACUCCUUCAACGCCGAUGACACCGAUAUCGCCCACUAGUUCAGUCGACCGAAUGUCCCUUCCGCCAACCCUCAUUUAUAGCGAGUUAAAUAAGGAACUUUUGGGCAAAGCAAAUGAUGCAUCAAGAUUCAUCUCACAUCGAAAGUCGAAAUCGCUUUCCAACGAGAUCAAGGGUCAGGAGAAACGUGAGCUCGCCCACUUUGCCAUAGUUCAAAGGCUCCAAAACGAGCUCAACCAACUUUCCUCAUUGCACGAUGACAAGGCACAAGGUUUAGAGGCUAUAAAGCAAGAAUUUGCUAGGUUGGAGAUAUGCUAUCGAGAAGCAUUGGAGGUUAUUGAGGAGUUACGUGAGGAAAUAAAGAAACGUGAUGCCUUGGCUCAAUUGGAAGUGAUGUCCAUGAUAACCCCGUCGGAGCACAAUAUUGAAUCCCAUUCACCAAUUUCAAGUGAAGUCGAUCAACUUGAGGUUGUGCAAAGACUUCGUGAAGAGAUCGAACAACUUAAAGAAGAACAACGAAUGGUCAUGGAAAAUAUUUCAGAACUUCAAAUGGUCAAUGAUGAGACGAGCGAUAUCACUAGGAUUGAAUCAAGUAUUAAGGAACUUCGCGAAGAAUUGCGUGAUGCUCACUCAAACUCUGAGAAGACGACAGGUGGAUCGACCAAUGAUAAUGCACGCGCGAUCGAAUUGGAAUCACGAAUAAAAGAAUUAGAAUUGCAAUUGUCUAAGGCGCAAGAGGACCAACGACAACAGAAGAUUUUAGAAUCUACUUCUCGCCUCGAAGGUUUCAAACCUGUAGAGAAUAAAAACUCAAUUCAGACCGAGGAAGAGGAUGAGAAGAUGUCUGCUUUGAAACAGCAGGUCGAAAAACUUCAAACCAGCAUUGAAUCAAAGAGUCAUACGAUAGCUGCGCUUUUACUUCCUACGUCUGAACAUCAGAAUACCAUCAGCCGCCUGGAAGAUGAGCUGCAAGAAGUUAGAGAAGCGUAUCGACUUGCGACAAAGGGUGAGUCGGUUGUAAAAUUGGUUACAAUCCCUGAGGCAUCUGAGGGUGAUGAAAACAAAGAGCGUUCGGUGCAAUCCGAUUACAACACUAAUCAUGCUACUUCGUCGGAUAAACUUGAGCAAAAUGUAGAUGAAAAUGUUAGAGCUCUGGAAGACCGAGUCAAAGAUCUCGAAGGACAAUUGGCGAAAGCAAAGGAGGCACAGCAUAUCCCGACACCUCGAAAUUCGGUGCUUUACUUAGUGGACCCAACUCAAAAAAUUUUCAACACAUUACAAGCGAAACUAUCUGCAUUACAAGAUUUUACCAGCAAAUCUGGCGAAACUCAGGAUCUAAAGACUGAACAAGAAUUAAUCACUUCACUGCAAACACAUCUUGAAACUCUUAAGGUAGAUAUCAAACGAAAAUAUGAAUUGAUUGAGGUUUUAAAAAGGGAGCUGGUUGACAAAGGCAUGUUGAAGCAAAAGUUGCGAGAGAAAGAAUCAGAGGCCAUCGUGAUACAAUCGCAACUCUUGCAAUACAAAAGUCGAGAAGAAAGCAUGAAAAAGGAUAUUACAGAGCUCCAGGCUCAAUUAGAAAAACUGAAAUCGGGCAAAGGUGCUGACGAAUAUGUGCAAAAUGAGAUUCAAGCGGUUAAGCAGGAGCUUAAACUAGUAAAGGAACGUGAAUUGGUGGCGUUGGACCGAAUAAAAACACUCGAUGCGGAGAUCGAGCGAAUGAGACAAGUUGAGGUGACGCAAAAAGAAAGAAUAGCUGUUUUGGAGUCUGGAUUGGCUGAAAAAGGUUAUGAUGUUGAUGAUGAUCUGAUUAAAUUGAGAACCGAAUUGGCAUUGGUUAAGGAAGCAGAAAUUGUUAACGGUCGGACGAUCACGGACCUCGAGAGAAGAUUAUCCGAAUCGAUCAAUGUUAAAAAUGUUCAAGAAGAUUCCGAGGAAUUGGCAAUUAUUAAGGGCGAACUUGAAGAAUCAAAGGCCACCGAUUCGAUAUUGCGAAAAGCUGUCGAAGAGCUGGAGCAAAAGCUUACUGUCGCCGAGAAACAAUCUCAUGAUUUACAAAUGAAGAGAGAAGAGGUCACAUCGCUCAAAGAUAUAGAAUUUAAACAAAACAUCAUGAUCGAACAAUUGAAAUCACAAAUACAAGAGACUAGUGAUGAAAAGGAAGCAGCAAUAAAGGAGGCACAAAAUAUCAAGGACGACUUUACUGCACAAAAAGAACUCGUGGUGGCUCUCGAAUCGGAAUUAGCCAACUUGAAUGAAAGAUGGUUGGAGGUCAAGAAACAAGACGAAGCCAGCAAGAAAGAACUCGAAAAAUUAAGACAACAACGCGAUCAACACGAGAAGAGGAUCAAAGAUUUGGAAGGUGAGAUUGAAUCAUUGAAAGCAUCAAUUGAGGUCAAUAAUGGUGAUGUCAGCUCUUUGAAAAUUGAAUUGGCGAAUGCAAAACUUGAGAUGAAUGCUCGAAAUCAAUUGGUCUCUGAAAUGGGAAAUCAGAUGAUGUCCAUUGAAAAGGAGCGUGAUCAGCUCGCUGAACGUUUGGCUGAGCUGACAAACACUUUGGAAACGAAAGAAUCGGAACGUGAAGAAGCCAUUAAAACACUUGAGAGCAAGAUCACAGACCUUAAAUCACAGUUGGAAGAAGUUGGGAAAUCAUCGAAACUCGAUAAAGAGACUAUUGCUGAUCUCAGUGGGCAACUUGCAAUU